AGAAUGGAUUAUGCCAACUAUAAAUAACCCAAACACUCACAAAGAUAUAAAUCAUCCAAACAAUAACUCAAUUUCAAAGUACAAAUAACAUCUAAUAAUCAAGUUACACACUGUGUACAAACAUGGAAAAGGCCAACGUUGUUUUGUUGGAUUUUUGGCCAAGCGUGUAUGCAAUGAGAGUAAAAAUCGCGUUAGAAGAGAAGGGAGUCUCAUAUGAGUGUAGACAAGAAGAUUUUCAAGCUAAAAGCUCUCUUCUUUUAGAGAUGAACCCGGUUUACCAAAAGAUCCCGGUUUUGAUUCAUAAUGGAAAACCCAUAUGUGAAUCACUCAACAUUGUUCAGUAUAUUGAUGAGGUUUGGAAUCACAAACCUUCUCUUUUACCCUCUGAUCCUUACAACCGAUCACAAGCCAAGUUUUGGGGAGAUUACAUCGACAAACAUGUAUAUAGCAUUAGAAGGAAGAUAUGGUUAGGAAAGGGUAAAGAACAAGAAGAAAGUAAAAAAAAGCUUAUAGAAUGUUUGAAGACUUUAGAAGAUGAGCUUGGAGAUAAGCCAUAUUUUGGAGGAGAUGAGUUUGGAUAUGUUGAUGUGGCUCUUAUUCCCUUCACAAGUUGGUUUUACACAUAUGAAACUUAUGGGAAACUAAAUAUGGAGGAAGAGUGUCCUAAGCUUGAGGUUUGGGCCAAAAGGUGUAUGGAAAAAGAGAGUGUGGCAAAGUCACUCCCUCACCCUCACAAAAUCUAUGCUUUUGCAACCACAAGAUUUAAUGGGAACCGGUGAAGAAACUUUGUUGGGAGAAUAAUCAAUUGUGCUCUGCAAGCACAAGAUCGAAGUAGUAUACUAUAAAAAUGAAUUAUGUUUGAAUAUAUUGUUAAAGUAAAAUAAGUUUAUGUCUUAUGUAACAAGCCAAUAAGAGUUGAAAAAAAUGUAUUGAUAAAAAUUAUUGAUAAAAAUUGAAGUUUGUUUUUCAA